ACACGAAGCGAGCAAAACAUUUUCCACCGGCUCCUUCUUUGUCCAUCCACCUCCCCGGUGAAGCAACAUCCACAGCAACACCAUGUCGAACGUUGCCGAUACAAAACUAUACGACAUUCUCGGAGUGUCUCCGUCUGCAUCUGAAAAUGAACUGAAGAAGGCAUACCGGAAACUGGCAAAAGAAUAUCACCCUGACAAGAACCCAAAUGCUGGAGACAAGUUCAAAGAAAUCAGCUUUGCCUAUGAGGUGCUAACUAACCCUGAAAAGAAGGAACUGUAUGAUCGCUAUGGAGAACAAGGCUUGCGAGAAGGAGGUGGGGGUGGCCCUGGGAUGGAUGACAUCUUCUCCCACAUUUUUGGUGGUGGACUGUUUGGCUUCAUGGGUGGACAGGGGAGUCGCUCCAGAAAUGGAGGUCGAAGGAGAGGAGAGGACAUGGUCCAUCCACUCAAAGUGUCACUGGAGGACCUGUACAAUGGAAAAACAACUAAACUACAGCUUAGCAAGAAUGUACUGUGUAGCACUUGCAAUGGGCAGGGAGGCAAGACGGGUGCUGUACAAAAGUGUACAGCAUGUCGGGGACGUGGCAUGCGCAUCAUGAUCAGACAGCUGGCCCCGGGGAUGGUCCAACAGAUGCAAUCCGUGUGUACUGAUUGUAAUGGAGAAGGUGAAGUUAUCAGUGAGAAAGACCGCUGUAAAAAAUGUGAGGGCAAGAAAGUCGUGAAGGAGGUGAAGAUUCUGGAGGUACAUGUGGACAAAGGCAUGAAACAUGGCCAGAAAAUUACCUUUGGCGGGGAAGCUGACCAGGCACCUGGCGUUGAGCCAGGGGAUAUAGUCCUGGUCCUGCAGGAAAAAGAGCAUGAGGUGUACAGGCGAGAUGGCAAUGACCUUUUCAUGAAUCACAAGAUCGGGCUGGUGGAGGCGCUGUGCGGCUUCCAGUUUAUGCUCAAACACUUAGAUGGAAGACAGAUUGUUGUCAAGUACCCCGCUGGCAAAGUCAUUGAACCAGGCUCAGUCAGGGUGGUGCGAGGAGAGGGCAUGCCACAGUACCGAAACCCGUUUGAGAAGGGAGACCUGUAUGUUAAGUUUGAUGUCCAGUUCCCUGACAACAACUGGAUCAGCCCUGAGAAACUUGCGGAGCUGGAGGACAUGCUGCCAUCAAGGUCAGAGCCACCCAUCAUCACUGGAGACACUGAGGAAGUCGACCUGCAGGAUUAUGAUGUGAGCCAGAGCUCAACAUCGGGUGGCCGCAGAGAGGCAUACAACGACAGCUCCGAUGAGGAGGGCGGCCACCAUGGGCCGGGGGUACAGUGUGCCCACCAGUAGUCUCAUACUCUCACUCAAGCUUGUGCACACACAUACAUAUGUGCGCACACACAUACAUAUGUGCGCACACACACACACACACACACACACACACACACACACACAUCCAUCCAUUCCACCUGGGGAGUAAAUGUAUGAGUUGCAGAGUAAACAAGGUCUUCUAUCAGGCUGAAAAGGCUUGGUAGCUCCUCAGACACAGAUCCAAUAAUAUAUUAUAUGGACUCAUGCACCUGGAAUUGUUGAUUAAUGUUAUUAACUUAAGUGCUUGAAUCAUUUGGAUCUGUGUCUGUGGAACUCACACUGGGGCAGCGAGGGACUUAUUACACUGCACCUGAAACAAAUUUAGACACUUUAAACAGCAACUUCAGGUAGAAGUCAUAAAAUAUUUAAGAUGUAUCUGAACAAGUGGUUGCCCCAGUGAACACCACGCCAUGUAGGACUAUGAUCUGGUGUUCAAGGUGAACCCCCCCACCCUUCGGUUUCUCUGUUCCAGUCCAAUCCCCUCCGCUAAUGGGAACUCCAGAUCAGUCAAUGAAAGGAAUGUUUCUUGUUUGCUGAGUGUGUGACUUGCAUUUUGUUUUCAUAGUAUUUACAUUAAUUUAAAAACUAACCAAUGUGCAUAUGGAUACAAAGCAGCUGAGCAAUGUGACGUGCAGAUUCAUGGACUCAUCCACUCAGCACCAUUUGUAGGAUUUGUUUCUGAUUUUUACAGCUUUAUUUUCUUUGUAGGUUUUUACUCAGUUUUUUCUUUCUUUACAUUUUAAUUCAAAGAGAAAAUUGGUUAUUGUGUAUAACAUUGAAGUGGUUGUGGGUAAGCCUCAUCAGCUGCUGUAUUCCAAGCUAUGUGAUUUUUCCAAAAGAAAAAUAAGUGAAAUGAGAAAAACCUAUAGUGUGUAUCUGUGCUGAGGCCAUGUGCAUGUAAAAAGCUUUGGUUCUUGCACUUAUCAAACAUCAAAUUAAGCAGCACACUUCUUACGAAAUGUCUAUGAAGUUGUUGAAUAAAUUGUUGAAAUAUCAGGUA